UCUCUGUUUUUGUGCCCAGUCCAAAGAAUAUCUGUCGACUUUCUUUACCCCUUAUGACCCCACUCUCUGCCAACGCCCCGAUUUUGCACAGUCCCUUGGGUCCCGUUACAGGGUUCCCGUCCUUAAUAUAGAAUCUGUAACUGCAGAUUUGAAAAUUUCCGCUUGUUAGAAAAGGCAACUGCACUGUUGAAUUCACAUGACCCACCUCAUUGCUAUCUUGUAGCCUUGUCAGCGGUGAUUUUAGCUCAUCGCCCCAUGGUAACCUCCCCCACCCCCACGGGUUGUUUUUCUAAGUCACUCAUAUUAAGACGCUGCAGUAUUUGCAAGAAGAAACAAAAUAAGCAUUUUAUUGUUCCAAAGGAUCACUUUACUUUGUUAGAGGGUAAAGACAACCUAAGUUGCUACACAUUCAAUACACAUGCUGCAAAGCACCUUUUCUGCAAGACUUGUGGUGUGCAGAGUUUUUAUAUCCCUCGGUCUAAUCCUGACGGCUAUGGGGUUAUGCCUCAUUGUUUGGAUGACGGUACAGUGGAAAAUAUAGAAGUAGAGGCUUGUGAUGGACAGAAUUGGGAGGAGUUUAUUGCUGAAAAUCCUGGAAUCAAAGAACGAUCUAAAAAGGACUGACAGAGGCUUUCUCAUUGAAUUACCAUAGAAAAAUACUAUAUACACUACACUCAAACUGUCUGAAAUAUCCCAAUGUGUACACUGUACAGUCUCUGAGAUAACCAAACUUGGCAUUGUAUGUAGUUAGUGAUAUAAUCUCAUUAGAGGCCUGUCAACGAGGAUGAUGGACAUGCCGACAGGCCUCUGGCAUUCUGCAAACAAUCUCACUAGCUAUAGGUAAUUUUGUAAGCUAGAAAUAAACAAAUAAAAAAAUUACAUGAUAGUA